AAAGACAAGCAAAAAGGGAUUUUAAUUGGAGCAAAUCAUAGGAUAAGUCGCUUUCGACAGCUUCGUCUCCUUUAUCCAAACCGUUUUGAUUAUUAUUUUCCCAGGAAAAAAAAGUAGGAGGAAAACUAUUCAGAGAAUUAUUGCGACUUGCAUCGUAAGCAAAGGUCUCGUUAGAUAACGCUGUUACUGCUUCAUGUGGCCUCUUUGUUUCCUGCUCAACAAGAUUUUGAAAGUCCAGGGGAGAUCAGAAGAAGGACAAGAUGGAGAUUCCAUUUCUCCUAAAUAUUCACAGUUUGAUCAUCCCUUUGUUACUAGUCAUGGCAGCCUCAAAGAUCCAUCCUCGUCGUCCCACAUGGAAGUCGCUCAUGUACAUCAGCUAGCUUCGUGGGACUGUGGCCUCGCUUGUGUUCUCAUGGUUCUCCGAGCUAGCGGCAUCACAAGCUGUACUAUUCAGGAUCUGGCUGAGAUUUGCUCCACAAAUAGCAUUUGGACUGUUGAUCUGGCAUAUUUACUGCAAAGAUUCUGCGUGGAAUUUUCUUAUUGCACAAUAACAUUCGGAGCUAAUCCUAAUUACUCCAUUGAGGAGUUUUACAAGGAGCAGCUCCCUGAAGAUCUGCUGCGUGUGGAUUUACUCUUCAGAAAAGCACAUGAAUCUGGCAUUAUUAUACAGUGCAGGUCAGUUAGUAUCGAUGAGAUUUCUUGUUUGCUACUGUCGGGGAACUAUAUCGCCAUUGCAUUAGUCGACCAAGACAAGCUAAGCAAGUCUUGGUUGGAGGAAGUGAUUGUCGCUGGUCUUCACAACAGCAACUCCAGCUACACUGGUCACUACAUUGUGAUAUGUGGCUACGAUGCUGUUAAGAAUGAGUUCGAGAUCAGAGACCCCGCCAGUUCCAAGAUGCACGAGAGGAUAUCGUCAAAAUGUCUAGAGAAUGCCCGGAAAUCGUUUGGUACAGACGAAGAUCUUCUCCUGAUCAACUUGGAGAACAUGAAGAAGCAGAAAGAAUAGUUCUCUAUCUUCAUCAUCAUCAUCAUUAUCAAAUCAGUGUGGAUUAAAAUGAAACCACCCGAGUGUUCUAUCCCAGAAGAGCAAUACUAGUUUACACAUACAUAUAUACGUAUAAUGGAUGUUGCCCAAACAUAUUCAUAUAGAGAGGUGCAUGGAUCAUCAGUGAACUCAAGAGUAUAGGCUUUGACAAUGAUCAGAUUCAUCUGUUUCUAAGCAGUUAAUAGUUAUUCCUUGUUGUACAAAUCGGUUUUGUCAUAAAGUCCCUUUAGGAUGUGAAUGCAUAUAAGAUUUGAUUGAUUCAA